CAUGUCCUAACGGUCAACUUAAACACCACUUCUUGGCAAACAGCCUUUCCUUGCCCUUUCCGAUAUUUUUGGAAAAAAAAAUAAUAGUGAGGGUGGAAAGCCAAGCCAAGAACACUAGUUUUUAUCCUCCAGUUUAUCCUACUUCGGGUCUGUAGCAAAGCAAAGGCACAGAUGCGCUAGCCUGCAAGUAUUCCACUAUAGUAACAGCUGGAUCAAGCCAUACAGUUUUCAGACUUGCUUUGUGAAAUGUCAUCAGAUCCAGGCGAAUGGAGUUGCCAUAGCUUUGAGAUGGACAAAGGAGGUAUUCCUUUGCAGCAGAGCAAUAUGGGCAUUUCUAGAUGAAGACUCUCCAGUGUCAAAAAGAGUAGACCACCACUGCUUGUUUCCUUGUCAGUACGAGAAAUGGUACAAAUAACUGUGCAAAGCUACAGGAGGUCUCUGCAAGAAUUUUCAGAAAGUCCGCUUAUGCUAAGAUGCAAGAGUCUCAACUCUUCCCACUCACUAACAGGUGCACCCCAGAGCAUCACUGAAUGGCUGGCACUCUGGGAAAAGGAUCCAGUGGAGAUUCUUCUUGAUUUGGGGUUUGGUACAGAAGAACCUGAUGUCUGCACUAAAAUCCCUCCUCGGUUCCUCAGUGGUGCUUCUGCAGCAAAAGGAAUCAACAUCCGAGUUUUUUUGGAAGCUCAGAAGGAACGAAUGGACAUUGAAAGGCCAAAUCUUUAUGAACGUUUUCGACAGCUGGAAGUACUUGACCACGUAACGAGUGCCCUCUCGUCUUUGCUGACCGAUGUCAACACCCAACAGACCAAAUCACAGGAUGCUGGCAGGGAUGACAUGGGUCUCUUGGAUGCGGCAAAGAGCAGACCUGCAGUCACACGAGCAAAGUGGAGAAGAAUAGGUCAGCUCCUAAAAAGGGCUUCGAAACAGACAAUAUUGUUGAAACAAAGCUCGCUGGCACCUGGGGAAGCCAACUUAUCCAGCAAGAAAGAGAAACCCUGUUAUUGUGCAGAUAUUAAUGAGAAAGGAACAGUCCAGGUGGGAUUUUCUGCACCUGUUACAUUGGGCUGUCUGACCCAGGAGCAAACCGCCAGAGACAAAGGUGUUUUGGCCUAUCCCACAUCCCAGUGUUCACUGAGUCCAUUGGGAAAAACGUGGGCUUCAUUGCAUCAAGUUGCAAAACAGCCCCACCUUUCUCCUGCGUGUGAGGUACCUGCCAAAAAGAGGCCAAGAAAGGAGCCACCUUUUCUUGUGGCCCACACGCUCAAAAAAGUGGCUGAUCUAAACUGCAAGCUGCCAGAUUCAUUUGAAAUGGAAGAGAUUCAGAGUUUUGAGGAUGAGACUCCUUGUGGAAAUGCUCCUGACAUCACUUCUGCAGAGAUGAUGGUGACAAGAACAAGCAGCUGCCAGUCAGACAGCAGUGGGUUCAUGGAGGAGCUGCCAGAACCCGUAGUUUUACAAAAUGCAUCUUUGUCAGAAAAGAUUAAUUUUAUUUCUGAUAUUCACAACCAAGAAACAGCUCUGUCAUAUAGGACAGAGUUUCUGAUGCUAAAUCAAGAUUUUCAACAGAAGCCAAAUGAUUGUGCUGCUAAGGUGUUCACAGCUUGCAAGAACAUUUUCACAGUACCUGGAUCAACAGAAGCAGGCAGUCACCAGAGAGAAGAGACACAUCUGCUGCUGACUGCAGGAAAUGGAGAGUAUGAGGCCUGUAAUGCUGAACCACAGAGUUUUGUACAAGAAUUGUUAUGUGCCAUGGACAGGAAAGAGGAUAAAACUGGAAGGAAGCAACUGGAAAAAGAGGAGUGCAUAAAAGAACAUGAUCUUUUUUUUCAGAGUGGUACUCAGGAGGAAGGAGAUCCUAGGUCCUCAAAAUUUGAUCGUCACUUAUAUUUUAGAGCAGGACACAGAAAGUUAAAUGUAACGUUACCGGAACUGUUUGACAUAAACCCUGAAGUAAUCUGUGAGAGCAAAGUCAGCAGUGAAGAUGAAGGUGAGAGGUGCCUGACUGAAAAGGGCAGAGUUGCACAUUGUGAAAAUGCCCUUGAAAGUCAUACAGAAUGUGUUAAAGGACUGUGGUGGGAUGUAGAAGUGGCGAGCAAAGAUGACACCCUGCUUGUAGUGAAUGAGCUGGCAAAUGGGCAGAAGUUCUACGAAACCGAUGGUGAUUCAAAAAGUACGAGAUGGUUCUCCAAAACAGGGCUCCCAGGCGCUCCACAGAGUGGCUCAAGAGUGCAAAGCGAGAGCAGUGCCACUUCAGGCUCUACUCUACAAGUAUCUUGGAGGCAUCCCUCCGGCCUAGUGAAAGGGCCUGGAUUAGAUUCAUCUGAAGAUCAAGAAACUGCUAGUGUACAGGAGAUAUUAGAUGCUAACAAAUUGGAACAGGGAGACACUGUCCACAACAAUGAAAUGGCUUCUGCUCCUCCAAAAUCUGUUACUGUUCAGAUGUCUUCAGGGCUGGAGUUUACUUUGAGGGUGGAGUGUACAGGGCAAAAAACUCCUUUCAGUGAGACCCUUGCUAGGGAAGAUCCUAUGAACUUCUCUGAGGGUGAUUCUCUCACACGAUCAGACCCAGAGGCUUUGAAGGACAUUGUGAAGCAGACCACUGAAGCCUCCAGCCAAACUGACAUCCGUGCCAGGAUACCCAGGUGGACACCACUGCUUCAGCCAUCCCAUACUCACCUGGUCAAAUCAUCCUCUCUUGACAACGUGUUUUGUGGCAAAUACAGGUCACGCUACUGGGAUGAAGCCUCUGGCAACAGGGGUGCACAGGGCAGUCACUGCUGCCACUGUUGCUGCUGCCAUGGCUGCUGCUCAGGGACCUUCCAUAUGGCUGUCUCUCCCCAGUGCCCUGUGUGUUGCUGCUCAAACCAUGCUGCCACUGAGCUGCAGCUCUUGAAAACACCAGUGGUCCUACAGGACACUGCAAUUCAUAAUCUUGUUCCGUGUACCCUCUAUGAAAUACAAGCUAUGAAGAGCUCCUGCCAGCACUUCCAGGAGAAGAUGGAUGAGAUUGAACAACACCUGACUGAACAGCAGGUUCUGUUUUCCAGUGCAAUGCCAGAUGAAGGAAGGGAGGAAGGCAGACACCUGCAACUCUUAAGGCAAGCUGUUCGUCAGGAGGUUGCAGAGCUGGAAUUUUGGCUAAAUGAUCAAGCCUGCCAGGUCAGGGAGGACAUCCUUAUGCAGCUGGACCAAUUACUAGUAGAACAAUCCCAUCUGUUUUCUGAGCUUGGACUCUCUGAUCGGAAGGGAGAAAGAAAAGCCCAGAAUAAACAAGCAUUGACAGAUGCUACUGAAACUGUGCAUCCUCAAAGUGGGUGCUCAAAACUGGUGCUCCGAAGAUCUCCUAGCAAAAGCACCACAGCAACAGGCUCACUUUCUGCCCUACGGUCAGUUCCAACCCCAAUGCAGUUUACUACCAGGACAACACCUGAACCAAAUUCAGCGGAGUCUGACCCACAGGAGCUCUCCACCAGGAGAAAGGAAAUAAACAGACCUCCCCAAGCAAAACUGGACUUAAAAACAUUUUUACACAGUUUGAAGAAACCUUUCUGAAAUUCUUUAGGUAAUGAUUCAGCAGAAGAAAAAUACGGAAAGAGAACAGACUGAUGGAUUUUGGUUUUAAUAAUAGUGUCCUUUUUCCUGAAAAUUAUGGUAUAUCUCAAAAACGAACACAACAUUGCACUAUGGAAUGUUCUGAUCACAGCAGUUUCAUUUGCAAUGAGAUGGCUGGGCAGAAAAGGAGACAUAUUUAAAGGGUCUUUCAAAGAGAGGUACUGUGCAUUUUGCUAAUCUGUGAUUAUAAAAUUUACUACAUUCCUAUUGGCAAUCACAUGGGGUAGGGCUGUUCUUUGCAAAGUAAUUUACAAGGAAUAGGAGAGGGCUUAUUUUGGAGAAGAAACUUGAGAACUUGCAGGCAGCUCAGGAGGUACUACUAGAAGGUAUUCUCCUUAUAGCCAGUUAUUUUAACACAGUCCUUGAACCAAUAUUAAUCCUCAAGCCUAAACUACCUUGUGUAAUCUUAGCUACUUUCUAGCUUUUAACUUUCUACUAACUUGCCUCUGAUUAAUUUUAUUAGUCUUGUACUACUACCAUUAUCAAAUCAGAAGCUUACUGACAGUGUAUAAUAUGUUAAAUACGCAUUCUGCCUAUUACUGUGGAUAGUCUCCUGGAUGCCUUCAUCCUUUUCAUAUUUGCUUCACAUAAAUCCAAUUAAAACCAAAAUGAGAUUAGAAACACAAGAUUUUCUACGUUAUAAACCUUGGAUCAGAAUCCUGGUUCAGUUUUCUGGGGAGUUUGCAAACAAAGCCAUGAGAAAAGACCUUUCAGCUUUGGAUCAUAGCAAAGAAAUUCAACUAGUUCAUUUUUGGAGCAGUUUAUACUACUGCUUUCAAUUUAGCACUUCACAGACUGUGAGAUGUCCUACUGGCUUGAUUGUUUAAUGCUCUAGAGGGAUCUUAGGUGUCAUUUAGGCUCUGGUGUUGCAAAUCACUGCUCUGCAAAGGUGCAAAUAGAGGUAGCAUUUGCACAUGUUUAAGGAGAAAAUGGAAUCAAACAUGCUGAGCAGCCUCCAGGCUCCCUGUACCUCCACAUUUUCACAGAUGUUCAGGGUAAUAAAAUGAUUGGGGGAGUGAGGUACAUAGCAUAGGAACUGACGAGAUCCUCCAUAGCCUGCUGGGCCAUGCAUUUUACUGGUUGAAAUUUGCCCCUUUCUUGAGACUCCGCAUGGGAUUUGUACACCACUUCCACACUAUGAAGUGUUUAAGAUUUCUGAUUGUGACAGUAUCUUUAGGCAGCAUGCAAACAAGACCGAAGCAUCCUUCACCUAAGUUUUGGUGGAAUAAGCAGUAAAUUUGGCUUAGUGUUUUCUCCCUCCACUGGCUUGUGAACUUACAGCUGUUGCACCUCAGUCUGGGGAGGAAGGCAAAUGGAGAGCCUGAUGAACCAUAAAUAAUGAUGCCAGCGCUGAAGAUCUCCUGCGAGAGAGGACAACUAAGAAGAUUCCUUAACUCAGCCACACCAAGGCUGUGAUUCUUCCCCUGAAACAAGAUUUUUGCAAGUGCCACUGCAGCAUGAUGCAUAAAAGCUCUGUAGGUAUGUGAUGCUGCAACUGCAGUCUGGCUACUCACACGUACAGAAGACGUUAUUGGCAGAUGGCACCUAGUCUUGAUUAGAGGGAUCAUGUAGGACCUCUGGUGCCGUUUGAAUACUACCAUUUAUAUUCUUGAUCAAGACUGAAUCUUACUCCUGCUAACAAAACUUUCUGAUUUCCAUCUUGUCUAGAUUGGUAUGUGCAGUCCAGCUCUACAUUUCAAUUUAAUUAUAAAAUCAUUUCAUGCAGCCAUGAAAUGGAUGGGACAGUGUUGCCCCACACGCAACACUUAGGCACCCACAGAUAUUGUUAUCAUUAACUUGUUUGCAUUUAUAGCUAGAUACCCUUUCAAGCUUUCAAUGUUUCAACAGUUAAGCUGUAACCUUCUAGCAAUAAAAAACAUACUGAGCGAAGGGAAUGGGAAAAAUCUUCUAACUUACCCGAAGGCAAAACGAGUAAUAUUUCACUUCUUAACUCUUCCAAGCAUGUUACGAGGAUGGGUGGACUAAGCCUCAUAAUGCUACUGUUGAAGAUGGGGGUGAAAAGAAAACACACAGUAAUUUUGUGAUCAGGAAAGUCCAGGAGUGGCUCUGGUGAGCAUGGGAUCUAGCUGUGCAGCCACUUACCUUCAUAGUGUUACCAACAUUUUAUACUCUAUCAUUUGUUUCCCUUUAGGGCAGUCACAAGCAAAUAUGGUGGGAAAUCUUAAUGAUAACUCCACAGAAUUAAUGAAAAUAAUAACAUAUGUGAUUGAGUAUCAUGGUUGCUCUAGUUACCUAGAACCAUACAAAUUAGCUUGCAGCUUCACAAGGCAAUGUUUCAUAUUUCAGAGAAAGGCUAGAUUAAUUGUCAAAAGUAUUAGCGCUAGGCAGUUUGCAGGCUUGAAAUCUGAAGAAAACUGGCCUUGUAUUUGAACAAAAGGCUGUUUGCUUUUGUGUUCCACCUCAACAAAACUGAAAUGGCAUUGUUUCACAGGACUAUUGAGACCCCACAAAGGUCCAUGCAAUGUACAUCAGACCUGCUAUGGAACAGAGUAAGGUAAAUAAGGUGUAGGAAUGCCUCAUGCUUUUUCUUUCUGCUCUCCGGUGCUCUUUCAGCAGCUCUUGCCUGCAGAAACCUGAAAUUGCAACCUGAAAUUCUUUUAAGGGCUCAGCACUUUUUUUGCUCUUAUCACAGAGCAAUGUGCAGCCUCACCAAAGCAGGAUCGAGGAAAGACCAGGGCAGGGCAGCAACGGGAAACCAAUUAAAAAAUGGUUCCCUAGCAAAGAUAGAAAAUUCAAAACCUAAUGAUUGUUUUUGCCCAACCUAGUUCAGCAGCAAUUUGUGUCACUUGGCUUUUACUUUUGAUAUUGUCUUUUGCCUUCAUUGGUUUUCCCUUAUGCCCCAUAAAUCUUUAAACCCUGAAGCUAAGAGGCUGCAUUGUGCACCAGCUUGAAUAUUGAUUUUGCUAGAGAGUAUAAAAUCUAGAGAGAUAAUAAGGAAAUCCAUCUAAGGUACCCUGCCAAGGGCUCCCAUUAGUUGCUUUACCAGGCAUCAAUUCAAUAAACCCUCGAGAGCAGCACAUGAAUAAACAUCAGAGCAUCUCUGGCAUGUUAAUUCAUCAGUUUGCCUAAUUGUCGAUGCUACCAACAGACUCCAAGAGAAGUAGUAUACUGGGAAUUCAGCCCCUCCCAACUUCAAGUACAAAGAAGGUUUGACACUGGCUUAAAAGAAGGCAGGGCUCAGGAGAAGAGUUGUGACAGCCAAAUAACAUGGGCAUAGUGGCUUUCAGGGUGGCACUGGCCUCCUGCUGGAUGCACAGCCCAAAUCUAUACAAUCUCCAUAUUGCAUUCCAGUGAUGAGGUGGCCCGGGUCAGGACUAUGGCUUUCCCUGAGCAGGACUGGAAUUUGUGUUUGAAAAAAAAAAGAUUAAAAUUUUGGUCUCACGCAAUAGGAAUAAACUGGUCCUAACCUGCUAGAUACAAAUUACUUUCUCCUCUAGGUCUGCCAGUGAAUCCAUGUUGCAAGAACUUGGGGUCUUAUUCCGGGCUUUACCAUGUGUUUUCUCUGUGACCAGGGCCUUUUUCUUUACCCCAUGGGGACUCUUAUUCCUGGCACAGCUUCUUUCUGUCUUAUCUAAUGAGGUUUUAAAUUCCUCACAGAGAAGUUAUUCUCUCCUAAUGCGUUCAUACGGCGCCUAGCACAAUAGGGGCCUAAUAUCAGUUGGGACCUCUACUUGCUGCAGCAAUAAUAAUUUUAUGAGCAGACUUUCAUUAAGAUCCAUUGCUACUUAAGAAACAGCUGCGGUGUCACUUUAUAAGGCUGUUGACUGUUUUAACUCCCUCUGCUCCAGGAACAAGGUUUUGAUUUUCCCUGUAGAAAUGGAUACGGGUAAAAGAGGCUGAAGCAUGAACAAACAGACAAUUUUGCUAUCAAAUGGGAAAAUGCAGAAUCAGAACAUCUGAGAUUUCCAGGAAUUAGAAUGAUAUGAAACAGUACUCUUCUCACCUUGCUGGAGAAGUGCAUUUGAAUUAAUCCAUCUUCAUUUAAUUCUUUGCCAUUGUCUUUCAAAUGGCCACAUCCCUCACUCAAUUAGCACAGAUCACAGCUAGUAAGAGGGCCACAGGUGUAUCCCAUUGAGGCUAUUCAAAUUUAAUAUGGGAAACAUUCAUUAGUAUGACAAACAACGCAGAACACUGGCAGCCUUUUCCUGAUAUUUUUUUCCUUCCCUGCCAUUAAAAUACAGAAGUAGCCUGUUAGGACAUUAGACUUUCUAUUAAUGAUAGUCAUAGGAGUAGUGAGGAGGAAAGAAGUAGGAGAGACCAAAAGUCAGGAGCUAAGAAGGGUUUUUUUUCCCCUCAUCUCUUAUCCUAAGGGAGUGUGACGUCUCCCUGGGGCCUCACCUAAAGAUGUUGGUGCAUGUAUCUCUUGCAUGUCACUGGCAAACUCUGGCCUUGUCAACUGCAAAAGCCUUCUGCAAAUACACAGACAGAUAAAAUAUUCCUGCUCUUCUGUGCUCUUUACUUAGCCAACUGUCUCCAGGAAUGGCUUUAGUAAGUAUUUAUUAGAAAAACUUUCGGUAAAGCACACAUGUCAAGGUUGUCAGGCUGCCAAGGGUUGCAAAAAGAAGCAGGAUGAAGGUCCUGGGUAGUGAAGAAAAGUAUGAUGCCUAUCUUGACAUUUCCAUAUGCCACUCCAUUUCAAUGUCACUGUUUGAAUUUUUGGAAAAUUGCUUUAAGUCAACUGCCAGUCUGUGAAGAUACAAUAGGAUACACUGAUACUGAAAAUCACUUCUUGUAUUAACAUCUUUUAUAACAAACAGAGCUUCCUUUCCAACAGAAAACUCGAGUCAAGCUAUUGUAGACCUACCGUGAAACAAGGUAGGGGUAGGGGGAAGAAAAGUCUGUAGUUAAAUAUUGUCUUGCCAGUGAAUUAGAUUUCUAAGGGUUGCCUGAAUUUCCAGAGGUUUUUCUAAGACACUGAUGGAAUGAGGAAUUAUGGGGAGUAGGAAAUAGUUACAGUCACUUAUGAAAAAAGAGAAAAAGCUAAUUACUUUAAAAUUAGGAUCUAUUGUAUCAGUGACACUCUUGUAAUGUCCUGCAUAAGGGCUCUGCUGCCCUUAAUUUUUUAUCUACAAGGAAUAGCAAUAAUGAGAAAAUUUUACUCUUGUAUCAGGAGAGCUGUUCCAGAUCUAGGGUUGCUCUUUUCAGAGCAGAACACGUUGGAAACAGCGUAACCUGAACUCCUUGCAUCCUUGUCCCAUUUAACAAUCAUGGAAGUGGAACCAAGGGCACCCAAGUCAUCCCAGACCAGGCUAGGCAAAUGCGAGAAGGUGCCUUUCUCAGGGCUGGGCUACUGAGCUAACCCAUUGAAGAGUAAGAGUGUGUGUGUGCGGCUGGGUUCAGAGGGGAGCUUGAAUGAGAUAUACAGGGAAAUUUGGAGCAGCUGGUGCCAAAGAAAUCUCAUUCUAGGAGCUGACACAAUAGCCUCGUGUUGUCAGCAGGUUGUAUUCAGCUGUUGCCCAGCAAGUCCAUCCUCACAGACGCACACUAGGAAGCAAUUGCUGCCAAAGCACAAUGGGCUGACUGCCACCCAGGCAAGAGGUACAUGAAGGGGCUUGUAGCCAGCACUGGGGAAAUGGUUUAGCUGUGGAUGGGACAAGAGAAUCUGAAAACAAGGGGCAGACACAGGAAAGAUGGAUGAAGAGCAUCAGUCAAGUAGGUAUAAUGAAAGCAAGGGAUCUAAAAUGAAAGACCUAAGACUAGACAAAGGAAGGAUGAAGGAGAAGUUAAUUUAUGCAUAGAUUCAUCUGUUUAAAGGUAGCACAAAGGUGUUAGUCUGAUACAUACAGUUCCUUCAGUGAAAUAUGUAAGCUGACUUAGACCUCACUCAACUUGAGGAAAUAAAUUCACUUGUUGCUCUUCCCAAGGACACUAACAAGCAUUUCAGGAUCACGGACAAGUAAAGGGGUUAAAGACCACAGUCGGAUUAAGAACAGUCAAUUUAAUGCUAUCCCAGUCCUUGAUGUAGCACCCAGUGAUUAAGAAGAUAAGAAAUGGGCUACAGGGCCAUACUGCCUGUUACAGGACUCCAUCUUUGACAGAGAAACUAAGAUAUGUUUUUUUGGGGAGAGCCUGACUGUUUUUCUGCAGGCUGCUCUCCUUGUGUGUCCCCAGAAACCACAACAGUUGGAUAUGGGACAUUACAAUGUACGUUUCUUCCUGUCCCCGUUAGCAUCAGUUAAUGUUACAGAGUCAGAGAAAGACAAGUUGAGCAAGACCUUGAGAUCAUCUAAUCAACAUCCCACUUGGAGGGACUAUUAUUCCUUCUUCUCCAUUAACAUAUCUAAUCCUUUUUGUACCCUCCUACCAUGAACUUCAACUAUUAUCUAUGGAAACAAAGUUCAGAUGUUCACUCCUUGCUGUGCAAACUGUCUUGUUUUAUCUGUUUUAACAUGACCUCCUGCUUCUGAUGAAUAGUCUCUAGUUCUAGAACUGCAGGAAUGGAUGCAAAAGCAGUCUGGUUUUGCCUUUUUUACCGCUUUCCUGAUUCUAUAAGCAUAAGGAGCCUAAUACCUCCAAACUGAAGAGUCCCAGCCCCUUUUGUCAUUUCUCUCCAGGCUGAUCCUCCAUUCCCUUAGUCUUUUCCACCCAGAAAUAGCUGGAUGCCAACAGAAUUUUCUGAAUUUUCAACUUUGUGCAUUUCCUUCUGAUGUUAUUAGGAAUUCCAGGCAUUUUUCUCUUCCCUUCCAAUUUACAAAAUCAGCUUUAUUAUAGCUACUCAUUUCUGCUGUCAUUCUCUGAGGUUACUGGAAAGAGCUGAGACUUGAAGCUUUUGCCUUCUUCUUUCAGAAUUACUCUAGAAUAAAGCCAAUAUGACUUAUAAAUUUUCAGCAGAAUCAUCAGAGCCUGCAAACAAAUGCUCUGCAUCAGGCUCUUUUCCAUCUUCUGAGUCUUUCCUUACAGUUCAACCCUUGCCAAAUCCCAGUUUUUACUCAACUGUAAAUAUUCCUCUAUUGACACUGGAAGGGUUAUGAAUAAUAUGCAGUCUCUUCCCUUUAUCCAAGUGAAAAAAAAAAAUCCAUGGAAGAAAGAAGAGACAUGGGACUGACAAAAGAUAUGAACUAGAAUGAAGACAGGAAAAAGAAAGAGAAGAACAGUGAGAAAGAGGACAGAGCAGAAAGAGGCACACAGAGUCAAAUGUGCAAGUGGCUGCAAAAAGGAAAAUCAGAGUCUGGAUCCCUGUGUUAGGGGCCAUGCUUGUAUGCCAGAACAGCUGUUGGGAAAGAGUGUUCUGUCCUUCCUGAGAAUCUACAAGAAAGACAAGAAAGGUCACAGAUACUACUUUCUCACCCAGUGCAGCCCCUGGAACUCAUUACAGAUACCUAUCGAUGGUGAGGAAAAGUCAGGGAUGACACCAGAAGAUAAUCAGGUCAGAAUGAGUUUGCAGAUCCUGGCUAGGACUGGCAAAUGAAUAAAUGAUUCUCCCUAUGUUCUGUAUGACUAUGUAGACAAUUUUUUUUCUACAUUUUUUGCUACAAUUUUUUCCCCUUUCAUUCGUAGUUCUACUUCCUUACUCCUUUAUUCUUUUUUUUCUGCUAUGGGAACAACAUUGAUUUCUUUUUAUAUAUUAUUCUCUCAGAUUCAAUCACUUCUGUGCUCUGUAUUGCAGCCAGUCUGGCAGGUAAAGCUUUAGAGUCCACAAAGAGAAUCUCAGAGAGUCUCAGGGGGAAUAUUUAAGCAAGAAGAUGUGUUGGUCUACUGCUAGGCAGCUAGCAGUGUGAGAAUGCAGCAAAUUCAAUACAAGAGGGAUAAUGUUAACAUAGUUAAGCAUGAAUUUAGACAUGUCACUGCUAAUCCCUAGAUUAACAGGAGGGAAGGAAAUGUGUCAAAAUAAUAAAGUACCUAUUAAAAAGGCUGUAGAGACAGACACUGAUCCAUAGUUAGCACCAAUAGAUGACAGAACAUCGUCAGUGAAGCAUGAGCUGUCAUCUGGCAGUGCUCACUUUUGCAGAAACCAGAUGAGUUAGAGACUUAUGUCAGGCUCACUGGGGAUUUCCAGACAUUGAAAGAAAGAAAGAAGGAAAGGAAAUUUGGAAGAAAAAAUAAAAUAAAAUAAUAUAUAUUUUUUAAAAUACCUUAAUUUGGCGUCUUUAGGGCUUUCUCCUUUUGUUGUCUGAGUCCACAGGGGAAGCGAUGAUCCAGCAGGGUGAAAUUGCUGUCCCAGUCACUGAAGCCCUUUGGAGGAAUAAAUUAAUUAUUAUCUUUAGAUCAUACAAGGAAAGAGGAUAAAGGCCUCAGGCGAAGCCAGGUCAGAACCCCAAAAGUCUAAGGCAGUUGGAGAAACUCAGAGGCUAUGAGAGACACAGAGCUGCUCAGGCACUAAUCCCAUGCUGCUGAAUUAAUUUAUUAGCUAACAGCAUGUAUGUGAAACUCUGGCUGUUGUUACUUCUUCAUGUUCAGUGGUUAUGUUUUCCAGAGGAGAAAGGAGGUUUAUAAUCUGGCUUUUAAAGAUCCCCUGGGAUAAGCCAUCCAUCCACUCUGUUGGGGUUGUGGGAGAGCCCUGCUACAGCCCAGGGCUGCAGAAGGCAGACAGUGGUUGUGGUUGGUGCUUUGGCUCUGCCUGCCUUCUGGAUGGGAUGCUUGGCACCAGCAAGAGCUCAGAAUUUAUUGAAUGGAAAGAAAAAGAAGUGGUAAGGUCUUUGGUAUUUUUUUAAUUGCCUUAUGGUUUUGAGUCUUGUUUAAGAUUUUCCCUGUAAGUAGGAGGUCUAGGAACUUAGCUGGAUGUAUCAUUCUGUGGCAAUACAAUAUUAGUGUUAUACGUGCUUGGGCAUAAUAUCCAUGGUAAAAUGAAAGGGAAUAUACCCAUCUCUCUUUAGUAAGGCUUAAGAAAUACCUGCUUGCUGUCCUCUGAAGUUGUCUCUUCCCAGCAUUCACUAAUAUAACACCACAUUUCAAUGAAAGAAAAUGGUUUUUUUUUCCCAAUCACCUAUGAAAUGUUUUUGUUACUUUUGUUACUUCUCCUUUCUGAGCAUCUGUAAGCAAGUCUGCCUGUAGUGCUUGAAAGUAGGUUAUGAGUCUCUUUGUGUUUUAAGGUAUAAACUUCAUAUCUGAUUACUUUUGUAGCUUGGACUCUUAAUUACACCACUCCAAGAGAAACAUUUCAAGGAUAAAGAUUAAUUACUUUUAAUGUUGCUUCAUAUUUGUUAUGAUGCAGAUGAUGUUUGUUUUAAAUAAGUGGAAACAGGUGUGUAAAAAUUGAUUAAAUUAAAUUAAACAAGCAAGUAGGGAAUGAAAUGCACAUGGCUAUUUUCAAGGAGAAAUAUUGUAAACGCUAAUUAAGCAGCUGGAAAUCAAUAACCACACGAAACUAUUCCCUAUUUCGAAUUUUAUGAGAUAGAGGAAACACUAAUAUUUUCAAUCACAACAUUAUUAUUUAUGCCUUGCUGAGGUAUAAAUAAGAAGUGCCUGUAACCAGGCCAGCCAUGACAAGGAUGCAGCCAGCUGGAUUUUCUUAUCUAGGCCCUUCUGAAAUCUUGUAGAGGGCCAAUAAGCAUGAUUUAGCACCAUUUUCACACUGCCUCUUAAUUCUCUGAAAAGAGUGUCUUGUCUAAAAAGAAUUAUUUUAAGAACUAUGUAGCAAAAAAUAAUCCCCCAUUCCCCUUCUGGCUAAAAUUAAGCCCUUUUAUAUAAAAUAAGGGAUCUUCAGUACCUUCCUGGUGCUACAUUUCCAUGCAAGACUAUUGUAAAUUUUGUGUGUUACAUGAAUAGAAAAGAAUUAGGAAAGGGACAAAUGGAUUUGCAAAAUCCUCCAAAGGCCUCAGUAUUCAUUUCUGCCCUUAGAGAGUCUCCAUUAAGAUUGACCUUCUUGGUCAAUAGAAGUGCUUUGUGCAGGAGCACAGACAGGCUUUUGACUUUUGAAAAUGAAAUCAGCUUGGUGGCUUUAACUACUACUGCUAGCAGAGGUUAACACAUCUAAGUCAGAGCAAGAAGUUUCUCUUCAGUCUGUCUCGUAUAAUCCUGUGCAUGGCUAUCUACAAAACUUCUAGCAGCUAUCCAUAGAUACGAUUAUUCCAGAUCUCCCCACGCUGUAUAAGGAAGGGAUCUCCCUUUCCCCAACGGAACAAUGUCUUUGUUCCUGAGGAGGAGGGGAACAGGUUCUGGUGCUCAGAAAUGGGUGGCCAGCCCUGCCUACUCAGCAUUUGUGUUCACAAAGCCUGGCUCUGAAGUCUGUGGUAGAUCAUUAAAAAUAAUAACUUAAAAAAAAGUGUGCGUGGAGGGGAGAGAGAUGCAGUGAGGUCUUUAUUUUCUGUAUGGGCCCUGACAAAGGAAGCAAAAGAGGUUUGAUCUCCAAUCCAUGCACACUAUCUCCAUCUGAUCCUGAACCAAGACUGGAUGUAUUUUAGGGACAGGUGCAUGGUGUCUCACAUGGUCUAGAUGGAUGCAAACCAUCUGUUCCACGUGACAUAAAUAAUUAGGAAAACACUGGAACAUGGACUGGACUGGACUGUGCCCACACUUUCCUCAUCACACCUUCCUAUCACCACCAUCUCUUUCCUUUCUGCUCUAACAGAGAGGUAAAAACCCCAGUCCUGAAGAGGAGGACUUGGAGAGGCAGCAGAGUGAGAUGGGAGGAAAGAAGGGUCUAUGCAUCUGUAGCUUUUACUUUGGGCAACCAAUCCAUCCAGAGGUGUAAGCAAAAUACUGGAUUUACUAUCACUGAAGCACCUUCAGCAGGGCCCCACACCACUGCUUUCACAAGGUCUCUAGUCCUCCUUCCACAUGUGUAAGAGCAUUAGUGACAGUGGCUGUAGAAAGUGAACAUCUCACUAUUACUUUUCCACAAGACCCUCAUGGAGGUUUUUCUUGCAACUGGAAACUCAUGGUGUUUGGUUUAAAUACGUGUCACACCUUUGGUAGUUGAAAGUUUAUGUAAUGAAAAGAGGGUUCAGUUCAACUUGUUUUCAAAACCUCCUUGCUGGAAGAUCUCUCUGCCUACUCUGUCAUGUUUUAUAUUAAUAAUUUCCUGGCUCUGCUAAACAAAAGUAAAUCCUCUGUGGUCUCACUGGAGCAUGAUAAUAGACAGGCAGCUCUCACCUGCCUCUUCAAAAUUUUCUAAUACUAGCAAUUAGUGUUCUGAUAUUUCGUCACUAUUAAGUAGGAAACUUACCAAUGAAUGGACAUUUGAUUAAAUUAUAGGCAAAGAGGCACUUUAUGGUUGGACAUGGCUUGAAUUGAAACAAUCUUUUUUACAGCAAAUUAAAUAGAUAGUGACCACUGAUUACCAUCUUCACAAAUGUUCCUCUCUAUGACAUUACCUUGGCAUUGUUUUCUUUGCAUAACACAAGUGGUGUCUCUUCACCAUAAUACUAUUUUAAAAAAGUUGUUUCCUAAUGCCUUGUCAGCCUAAAUAGUCAUGGUGAAAGUGAGUAUGUGUGUGAUUGCCCUCAGAAGACAAGUUGCCCACUUCAUACUGGUGAUGUGAGAACUCCAUGCGUAACAAUAACUGUAUUGCUUUAUUUGAUUAAUAAAGAACAUUUUCUGUGUAUUGUGGUAAUGCACCUUAUUCUAAUGGCUGCUUCUUUAGAAACACCAUUUGCAUUUCUGAGACAAUGGAGAUUUCCACCUCCUGAAGUCUGGACUCCAUUGAAGUCACUCUUCUGGGAGAGUAUCCAGAUUUUAUGUUGUGUUGGGAAAUUAACUUUGUGCCAUCUUGGCCCCAUUAAACCAGUGGGAGUUUUGCCUUGGACUGUAGUAGAAUUAAGAUUUUGUGCACUCUAUGAUAAUUGAACUGGAAAUUAUAGGAGCACAAUCUUCCUUCUGCCCUAUUAAUGAGCUUUUUAACUUGCUAAGAGCAAGCUUCUGCAGAUAAAGAAUCUGUGCAAGUAUUUACACAGAUCCCACGUGAAGCAAAGCUUAUAUGCCUCUAAUGAAUGAAAUGUAAUGUACCCAUGCUGGGCUCAGCAUUCAGCAACUUGCUGCCAAAACUUCAUUUGGGCUGAAAUCUAUUGAUGUUGUAGGAAUAAUGGAUAAAAUGCUAACAACUAACACACCUUUUUGGUAUUAAAGUUGUAAGCUUGAAAUGUGGGCACUGAAACUAUGAGGAAUUUUAUAUGUGCUUUCAAUGGAAGCACACUUUUAAUAAUAUUUUCUUCAUUUGUAUUUCAGCACUGGGCCUUCCUGUCUUGAUCACUGUUGGAGAAAAUAAGGGUAAACAAUGUAAAUCCUUUCCUUUUCUCCUUUCCUUUCCUUUCCUUUCCUUUCCUUUCCUUUCCUUUCCU